UCAGUGCAAUGUAAAUGGAAGUGGUGGUCAGCUUGAAACAAUUCACAUAAUUUCUCCAACAUGAAGCAAGAUUGCAUUGCGCAUUCUAGCAACAACUCCGACAAUUGCGAGGCAACGACACAGUGAUGAUUCAAUACAAUACUACACCAAAUUAAUACCAUAAUAACUUGCCUUUAUCCAAAAUAAGUCAACAAUAUGGAGGGACCUAUUGAACAAAGGGAAGUACUCUUGCUCAAUCUGGAAUUGCCAAGUCCCUGUAAAAUGCAGCAAUCAAUCAGUUCACUGAAUUCCCCUGUGGAUUCUGGAGUUCAGUUGUUGGACAGUGAGAGUGACCAAACUGAUCAGACAUCUGUGAUGUCUUCCAGUGGUUGUGACUUAGAUAUGGACAUAAAGAACACUGAUGAUAGCAUUGCACAAGAUGCAGAAGCAGCAAUGAAGGAGUUGUGCAGUAAUAUUCAAGACAAGCUUAUGACCAAGAGUGAUAUUGCUAAUCAAAAUACUGGCUCAAAUUUACCAGGAGGCACAAAAGCAAAUGCUGCAACAGUUCUACCCACCAGACAACAAAGUACCCCAACUCAUAGUUUAAUUGAGGCAACCACCAAAGAUGAUAUUAUGAAUAUUUCCCUCAACAGUUAUGAACUGUUGGAUUACACCAUGGCAAAUCAAAUAAAAGCAAACUUUGAAGAACUAGAUCAAAUGCAUGUGAGUCUGUCGGAAGAAGUGAAUGAAACUUUAAGACUUCAGCUUCAAUCAGCAGUUGAAAAUUUAGUUGAAGUGGAACCUACCAUUGAAGAACCACCUGCACCUGAAGCAGUCAUUGAGGAUAAACCAGUUGACACUAUUGUAGACGAACAAAUCGUAUUCAGAAGGCAACGAAAAAAGAAGUCACGUAGUGAUACACCGAAAAAGCGCGUCUCUUUUCACGAGGACAUUUUAAACAGCACGAAAAUCGAUGAUAUUCAUAUAAAUCACGGUUUUAUCACAAUCGAACCAGAAGGUUCAACUAAUUUCUUGCUGCGCGGCUUCAAAAAGAAGCAUGAUAUUGUUCAAGGACGAUAUAGUUGGGCUGCCGAGGGUGAUUCAACUUAUAACGAGAAUAAUCCGAUGUGUAACAGAGAAGUCCAAUCGGAUAUUUAUGUACAACACCAGCAUCGCUUAUCAUCGGUAUCGUCCAGCUCCAGUGCGAGUUUUUCUAGUUCCAUCGACGAAGAACGCAUUGAUGAAGUCACAGACAAGCCUGGCAGUGAGAAAAAACCGAAAGGCAGUUGUCUGAAGAAGACCAAACACCGAAAAGUGAUUGACACUAAUAUAGUUGAAGAGAUUUCAGCAAGUAAAGGUCGAAAAAAAUCUGAAACCAACUUGCUUGAUGCUAAUAUAUUCGGCAGCCUUAAAAACAUCUUGACAUUUUCAACAUCUUUGCCAUUGACAGAGCGAGGAGUUCCAGAAGGGCAGGAAGAUUUGAUAUAUUCUACAUCAGAGGUGUCUUGUGGAAUUGACACUUCCGAUUUGACUGAACAAAAGAAGAAAGCCAAUGUUCAAAUGGACAUUGCGAAGAACAACUUGAAGCUGACAAUUCAACCAAUGUAUCAGAACAAUCUGCCUGAGAACGUAAUAUUAUGCGAUAGUAAUGUUUACGAGCACAAAGGAAUAUCAUACAGUUAUGAGUAUGACAACUUUACAAAAAGUUUUGAGCACAAUAACCAGAAACCGAAGAAUUCAUCGAUUUAUCAGAAGAUAUUGAAGGAGUUUAAUUUCUUUAGAAAGAAAGCACAAGAGGAGACUGGCACUGAAAAGGAAGCAAAAGAUGACUUUGUUGUUGUUAACGACGGUGCUACUACUGAAGCAACAGCAACUGAUAAACAGGAAUCGAAACAUUCAAAGAAAAAUGUUGAAACCGACACAAUCAACAAGUAUGCACGCAAUGUAAACAUGGAUUGGUCCGAUACUGAAUCAGUUUCGACCGAAUCACUUGUUAACUCGAGCAUGCGACACUUGAAUUCCCCGCGGAGACGCGUUCAUAGAGCAAACCAUUACACCGUUCAACCGGUGAUCAAUUCGAGCGAGCCGUCAAAAAACGCGCGCACGCCCGGCGGCGCUGGGUCGUCGUCAAAGAACAGCCUCAUCAAUCGCUUCCUGCGACAUGUGACCACGCACAAGAUGCUGGAUAUGAAGUUGCAGAGGAAGCUUUCGCGGAGUAAACGGCAGCUGGCUGUUCCUAUAAGCGCUUUGCAUCUAGAGCGCUGUGUAAAGGAAAAUCGUAAACUAAAUCGGAGCAUCGAUGAAGAAAUAUUACAAGCGAAACGUAUAAAUUUCGCAGGAAAAUCAGUCAAAUCAACCAACAAACAACAUUCUUAUGCGAUGUUGAAUGAGUUAAAUGUGAUUGGCGUUUUUCCACUAUCGAGUGCUUAUACAACCACCGGCACACAUAAAUCAUUACUGCUUGUCAUCACUGAUUCAACACUUUUCGUCUAUGAGAGACAAGCGGAGCAAGGACGCGCGUUGAUGCUGCUUCCUUACACGCAGUUGAAUACGAUUAUCAUAGGUCCAAGUGCGCAAACAAUUCACAUCUCGACUAAUAAUAACGAUAAACAAUGCAUGUUGAUAACGGGUAGUAGUAAUAUUACGAAUGAUAUUAUGAUUCAGCUGGAGAUGGUCAUGCGCGGUAAUAAGGAGAAAAUUCUGCCUGCGAUUAAACAAUUAACAAUGAUGGAUAUGCGCAAUUUGAGAAAGUUUAUUUCUAAACAAACUCCAGUGCAUAAAGAUGAUGAAUAUUUCUACUGCACGAUUCUAAAUGCCCAGGAACAACAAACUGAGAAUGUGGACGCUUUCUUUGGUCCAAAUAAAGAAGGUCCUUUGAUGUUUAAGUUAUCAGAUACUGAUUCCCGAUGGGAAACUGCAUAUUUUAUUAUGAAGGCUGGAAUAUUAUACAUGUUAUCCUCACCCUCCAACCCAGAACCGAUGCGAGUGUACCCGCUGCUUAAUGGCGCUUGCCAUGGCGCGAAACGCGUUCAUAAUUGCGCUCGCCCGCAUACAUUCCAACUGAUUCUGUCCGGCAGCGUGUUGUUUCUUGCCGCCCCUGACGAAUAUGUGGCUAGCGAAUGGCUGCAAGCAUUAAUACAUGCUGCCACGGGGGUUUAUUCAAGUCGUGAUCGAUCAGUUGCGCCUGCAACUUCACUGCUAAUGACUAGCGAACAAAUAAUAUUAGUACGCGAGGCAUUUUCCUGCAAUCUGCUUAGCAAUGAUGAAGAACAUAAUCCGAUUAAAGGACCGCAGGUUCUCUCGUGUGCUGCAAUCAGUGAUUUAACUUCGUUUAAACUUCCGUCAGCCGAACAAAGUUGGUGCAUUUUGGAAUUUGCAUGCAGAGAAGUACGCGAAACAAGCGGGGAUUGGAUAUUAUACUUCCCAACGAACUCCGAACUCGAAAACUUUAUCUCGACUUUAGAAAUGUUGUGGAUUUACAAUAAUGAGGGAGACAGUUUCCCUUUAACCACAAUGGCCGAAGGAGACGAUGUAAAUAAGAAAUGUACAGUUGUGAACGACGCGCUGCAAAAGUUAUGGCUUUAAGAAUUGGAUCUCACCCCAAAGGUGACAACAGCAUCAGUUGUUGCCAGGUGGUAUUGAUAUAGAAUGUAAGUUGACACAAUGUAUACAUGCGUAUAACUAUGAAUUGGCUCGCGUAUUUUUGAUCGGUGCUGUUAGAUUUGGUUUAGUUAGUUGAUUCAACAAAUAUCGUGAGUUACAUUCAAGAUUCAACAAUAUUGAUUCACAAGUGAGCGAGUGCUGAAUGCACUCAAUGAUUGAUUGCAUCUAUUUUUAUAUACUCUAUGUUGGUUUUGUUUGAUUGGGUGAAAGUUGUGUUCACGACUUGGGUAGGAGCAAUGAUUUGCAUCAUCAUUGUGAAUACAUUAUGAAUGAUAUUAGUAGUGGGGUUGUUCGGGUGAUAUUGGCUCAAACGGGUUUGUUUCAAGAGCGCCAUCCAUUAAAUGAUCACAUAUAUAAUCUUUUGCCUAGAAAAUAUGGGAAAAUAGCUGUGGUCAAAGAUAUAAAUUUAAAUUCUAAGUGCAUAUAUACUCAAUGUUGAUUGUUGCUAAUAUUCACAUGUUAUAAUGCUUUUUUUACCAGUCCAAUACUAAAACUACUCAAAAUUAGUUAAAUUUACACUAUUUACCCAAAUUUUCUAGCGCAAAUUUAUAACACCGUAGAUAGGAAUAUGUAAUAAUGAACUAACCACCACUAAAACAUUAACCAAACUCCAAUUCUAUUAAUCUAGUCAGAUCUUUGUUACAUUAUAUUUUGUGAUAUUAAAAACUUUUUAUUUGCAUAGGCUAGCAAUUGUAAAAGAUGUACUCUGAACUAAAAUAACAUGUGUAACUAAUAUAAUAUUAGACACCUCUUGAUAACACGUACAUUUUCUAUGAUAGAUAUUAUACAUGAUAGCAACCAAAAUGAUAUCUAACGUGGACGUGUGUAAAUUAUUUGCGAAUUUUUUAUUUAUUUUCAUAUUGAUUUUACGUUUUCCAAGAAAAUAGUGAUUUUAUUUAUGUUUGUUUACACUUUACUCGAUCUAAUCUUGAGGGAGACUUGUUUAAAUAUAUACAUCUAAUGAAUUAAGUUUACUUUGACAUGUCCGACGAGGUACAAAUACAAAUAUCAAGAAUUGAGUAUUAAUAGAUUAAACAAACCACUUGUAUCAACUACCUAGUACUUGUAUGUAAAAGUAAAUGCUUGCUUUCUGGCUUAUCUAUCUGCAACUAUACAUCGGUAAAAAUAAAGCAUUAUACUCGACUGUUAUACAAUAAAUGAACAAAACAGUGAAAUAAAUCAAA